AUGACACAUGCCGAAAGGAAAAACCAUACAAACAGGCUCACAUACAUCUCAUUAAAAACCGUCAAAGAGAAUGUUUACAAUGUUUACUUUGAUCAAUUAUCAAUAAAUCCAUUCGAUUCGAAUGUGAUAUCAGUAAAAACUAAUUCGAGCAAGCUUAAUGCAUCAGAAAAUAUAAGUGUUUUAGCUUUGACGCCUACUAUAGCAGUAGUUCAUUGGAUGCCACCCAAGAAAUUGAAUUGCGUGGGCGUGACCUACGAAGUGCAUUGGAAGUCAGUUAUAUUAGUGAACGGCACGCAACAAAAGAGCGAACAAGUUAUCAAUGUGCCGAAACGUAUGGCAGAUGGCAGAUUUUUCACAAAGAUUAACUUGUCGCUACCAGAGUUUCAAGGAAAGGUGAAAGACUUAGAAAAAUCGGGCACAGAAAUAUCCGUUGCAAUAAAAACGCUUCAAAAAGAUGUUUUAUUUCAUAAGAAAAAGAAAUUGUUAAAGGAAGCUAAGUUUAUAAGUCAUUUUCAACACAAACAUAUAUUAAGAUUGUUGGCCGUUUGCUUAGAUGGAGAUUCUCCGUUAUUAGUGUUGGAAUUGAUGGAAACUGGUGAUCUGUUAAGAUAUUUGAGAGAAUGUCGAAAUUUGCAAGCGUCAGAUUCGCUUGCUCUGCGUUUGCAAGAUUUAUUCGCCAUGUGCGAAGAUAUUGCGCGAGGUUGUUGCUACUUGGAAGAGUUGCGUUUUGUACAUGGAGAUUUAGCGUAUCACAAUUGUUUAGUAUCUUCGAGAAAUCGCGAAUAUCGUGUCAUCAAAAUUGGAGAGUUUGGGCUAGCUAAAGAUAUCUGUAAGGAUGAUUAUUAUCGCGUGGUAAUUACAGUUAUGAAAAAAAUUAAUGACUAA